AGUAUAAUAUUUGGUUAGACCAUUUUGAUAGAGUAUAAAACAUAACCCUAGGCUUGACCACCAGCUUAACAUAUCCCCGAACUUCAACCAUCAACUUAACAUUUUGGUUGAGAUGAUAUGGUCCUUUAACACAUUUAGCAUUUUAGAAUCAUGAUUUUUAUUUUUAUUUUUUUGUUAAAUUUAUAAUUACAUAGUACGACAAAUAAAAUCUUAUCAGCCCGCCUUUUACAAGAAUUUAUAUUCAUUAAAUUAGAUCAAGUUUCGCCAAAGUGAUAAAACUUUAAGCAAAUUACCUCUAUAUCACAAACAAAUUUACUAGUAUGCCCCACUUGCUACACCUAUAAUCAAACCUUACUCAUACCAAAAUGAAAUUAUUAGCCAAUAAUCAUCUUCAAUUCACCAACUCCUUUUAACACUUUCUCUCUCUUUAUUCGUGCUGGUCAUUAACUUCUCCUAUAAAAAAAUUCCAAGUCUCAUUUAUUUUACAAAGUCCAAGUCUUCCUUAGACUCUUGGUAAUAGCCAAUCUUCUUGCUUCCCAACUAACACAUUUUCCAAUACAAUUCAUUUUCCAAUACAAUUCAAAAACUCAGAAAAAUUCAAAUACCAAAAAACUCCAUUUUUCAGCCAUAAAAAAACCUCAUUCUUUACAUCAUCCCCUGUUUUUCAUCAUCACCAAAAACAAAAAUUUAAAAAUGGCGGUUGAAUUAUAUACAGAAAGUCCUUCAAGUAGAGAAAUGAGUCCUAGAAUUUCAUUCUCUCAUGAUCUUAAAAACUCAGAAAUUGUUCCAAUUGAACCCUUAAAAUCAUCUCUUCUUGAUUACGAUUUCGACUUUUGUGUCACUCGAAAAAGCUCUGAUCAAGAACCUACAUUAGCCGAUGAAUUAUUUGCAAAUGGGAUAAUUCUUCCAAUUCAAAUCAAGAAAAAAAAUAUACCCACAAUUUUAAAAUCAAAAUCAUUCUCUCCAUCUUCUUCUUCAUCAUCUUCAUCGUUGUAUUCAGCAUUCUUGCCACCAUUGCCGCCGUCCUCUGUUUUAAACAACGGCGGCGAAAGCGAAAAGGAAACAGAGGAAAAACAGAGCAACAACAACAAUUCUGGCAAAUCAACAUUUUGGACAUUCAAAAGAAGCAAAAGUUUGAAUUGUGGGAGUAUUUAUAAAAGAGGAUUAUGUCCUUUACCUCUUUUAUCAAGAAGUAAAUCAACUGGGUCUUCAACAAGUGCUAAAAGAUCAUUGAUUUCGAAAGAAGAAAAACAGUGUUAUUUGAAGAAUUCAAGCUCCAGUAAUCAUCAAAAACCUCCAUUGAAGAAGAAUUUUGGUGGGUCUUCGUUUAAUUCUGGUGUAAUUCAUGUAAGCCCUGUUCUUAAUGUUCCAACUGGCAAAGUUUUUGGGUUGGGCUCUAUUUUUUCUACUGGCAAAGAUAGAAGCAAGAAGAAAUAAAUUUCAAUCUUUAAUUUUUUAAUUUUAUUUUUUAUGAUUAGUUGAUUGAGUUGCUUGAUAUUUCUUCUAAUUAGAUUUUUAAUUUAUUUUUUUAUUAAAUUUAGCUGGUGUGAUAUGGUGGUUAAAAUUAAAUUAUAUAGCAUGUGAUUAGGUAUUAGAAAGGGAGGGUAAAGAAAUAGAGAUUAGGGAUGUGAAGAUAUCCCACAUGGAAUGGAGUAAAAGACAGGUAACUAAUUUGCUUCUAUUUUUGGAUUUAUAUUUUUUUACCCUUUUUUUGGUUUGUUAUAUACUUAUAUUUAUCUUUGUUAAUAAAAUGGGAGAAAAUACAAGUACGAGUAUUUGAAUUUUUUUUUAUCCUUUUGAUUUGUUUUCUAACUUGGUCUUUUUUUUUGUCAUGUCUUGUUAUUGUGGUACGAGACCUAAAAGGUUGGAGUAACAACUAACAAGUGCAACUACUGUAUUUGUAAAGAGUUCUCUUGUGCUGCGGUUUGAAGUUGGUUGUGUAACAAAUACUGUAAAAUGCUUAAGUACGAGUGUGUUUUACUUGUGUAUAUAAAAAAUUUCAGAGUAAGAGUAAGGCUGUGUUUAGUU